AUGCCUUUUACUGCAGAAAAUAUUAAUUUCCAUUUACUGAGUAUUUCAGGCAUUAUUCUUUCGCUUCUAUGUGUCGUCCCAUUAGUAUAUUCACUGAAAGCAAUGCGUACAGGCGAUAUUGCUAACUGUAAGUCAGCUUUAUUUGCAUUUCUCAUUAUUUUAAUUAUCGUACCAAUAUUGAUGCUUACACUUUCAGCAAUCAAUACAUACCUAGUCUGCAAAGGCAACAAUUCUCUCGCUUUUAUCUUUUAUUUCGCAAUUUCAUUUUUCGCACUCGUCAUGCUUAUUUGCUCAGCCAUACUAAUGAACAAUGCUCAUAGUUAUUCGAAUCUUUCAACAACUCCUCCAGAUAAAGUAGAAGCUGCUAGGGAAACAGGCAAUCAGGCGAGAUUGGCCGGAAUGACUGGCAUCUUUGCUACAUCAAUCUGCUUAUUAAUUUUAGUUCUUACUGCUGCUUCAUUUUUCAUCAUCAGAAAUAAGACAAAGAAACAAGAAUACUCUCAUUGGAUGUAA